GUCACGUUUAUAGUCAUCAGCCGACCGUUCGUACGGACGUUAUAUACGCGCGCUCGUCCUCGUCGUCGUCGUCGUCGUCUUAAUAAUAGUAAUAACAGUAUAAAUAAUAUCAUUUUCUCUCACUCUGCACUAGUGUACUUGCGUUCGCGUGUCUUAUUUUCGUAUACGGUAUUUUCUAUCAUCGUCGUCGUUAUAAUUAUUUUUUACCAUCUUAAAUCACGAACCGUGUGUCCGGUCGUCUCUCUUGCUUCGCGACGGGUUGUUUUUAAAUUUUUUUUUUCGGCCUAGUGUUACGCGCGCUUUGACUCGUCUUCGUUUACCAACAAAGAGUUUCGAUAAUACCAUAUUAUAAUUUAAUAUUACCGUACAGUGUGCGCUAAGGGUGGUUUCGCGUUGUCUGCGGGUGCGCGCGAGUGUGUGUCGCGCGCGUGAGAUGCGUCGUCGUCAUCCGUCGUCGUUUGUCGUCGUUAUUCGCACCGGUGUGACGCGAUCCGUGUGAGAUGUUGAUGAUGAUGGACUGCAGCAACAGGAAGCCGCCAGUGGACCUGUCGGCCGGCGUGGUCGUAGCGGCUGUGUCGUCGCCGGAGCUGCCCGUUGUUGGCACGUGGCACCCCCACGUGUACGGCAACCCCCCCAAGACGCCAACCGCCCACAAUGUAGCCGAUAUACUCGGAUGGACCAAAGGAGGCCCCGAUGAACAGCCACUGAACCUGUCGACGGCCAAGCGGCCAAACGGCACUGUGUUGGACCUGACCAAGAUGAAACGCAAAGUGGACGUAAUACCCACGGCUGCAGUGAUGUUGAACAACAAUAACAACCAUAACAACAACAAUAAUGGCAGUCAUCUCCUACAACAGCAUCACCAUCAACCACACCAUAAUCAUUAUCAUCACCUUCAGUCGUUGUCGACAACCACGCAUAAUAAUGUCAUGACUGCGGCGGCGGCAGUGGCUACCACUAUAACAGCGGCGGUAGCGACAACAGCCACAGUCACGGCAACGGUCGCUCCGCCGCCGGUGCGGAAGAAGUCACGGAAGGAUGUGCCGCCGUCGUCGUCGCCGGGUCUGCUUGUGAGCUCGUCUUCCGGUUCACCGGCCGGGCAGCAGGCCGGAGAGAGCGAUGGUGGACACUCAUCAGACGGUUGUGGCGAUCGGAAGCGGAAGAAGGCUCGGACCACAUUCACCGGCCGACAGAUUUUCGAGCUGGAGAGGCAGUUCGAGCUGAAAAAGUACCUUUCAUCAUCCGAGCGAUCCGAAAUGGCAAAAAUGUUGGGCGUCACCGAGACACAGGUGAAGAUUUGGUUCCAAAACAGACGGACAAAGUGGAAAAAACACGACACCGUGACGACGACGGAAUCGGCGGACCCGACGACAGCAGCUGCCGCGGCGGUGUCGGCGGCACUCGGUGGCGGGCUGGCCAAGUGUUCGCCGAAGGCCGCGGCCGGCGCCAAGUUUCUCAGCGAGGGCGAUGACCACUCGUCGCUGGAAGACUCGGAAAGCUGCUACAGCAGCGUGGACGCGGCCGAGUCCAAGGUGGUCACGGCCCGGACGCCGGAGUCGCUGCCGCCCACGUCGCCGACGACGGACAACGAGACGGCGGCCACGGCCACUACGACCACCGCCAUGGCCAGGGCGCCCAGUUAGAGCGAAAACCUCAGUAGUUUUUAUUAAAAUAUUAUUAAAAAAUAAUAAUCAUUAACGAUCAAAUGCAUAAACGAACGGAUGAUCGCCGCUGUUGUAUGUUUUAAUAUUAUUGUGUUUGUUUGUUUGUUUGUUUUUUUUUUUUAGCCUCGG